UCGCUCGCAGCCAGCCGCCUCGGGUCGCGAUGUCUCCGUGAGAAAACCGGGCGCGUGGAAAGUUGUGUUAAAUGUUUGAAAUUACAACGCGCGCGCCGAGAAGGGACUCCGCUCCUCGUGCGCGCGACAGCCUCCGCCGAGCGACGGCCGAAGUAGUCCGAGCCGGGACGCAGAGAAACUCUUCUCUGUGACGCUUCAAGACAAACUCCGUCAAAGUGGCUCACGUUCUCGCCAACCACCCCGGCGCGACGGCUGCUGUUCAGCCCGCCUGGAGGACUGUGAGCAGCAGCAGCAGCAGCAGCAGCAGCAAGAGGAUGGCAUCAGAGCUGGCAAUGAGCAACUCCGACCUGCCCACCAGUCCCCUGGCCAUGGAAUAUGUUAAUGACUUCGAUCUGAUGAAGUUUGAAGUGAAAAAGGAGCCGGUGGAGCCCGAUCGCACCAUCAGCCAGUGCAGCCGCCUCAUCGCCGGGGGAUCCUUGUCUUCCACGCCGAUGAGCACGCCCUGCAGCUCUGUGCCCCCCUCCCCGAGCUUCUCGGCGCCCAGUCCGGGCUCGGGGAGCGAGCAGAAGACACACAUAGAGGACUUCUACUGGAUGUCCGGUUACCAACAGCAGCUCAACCCAGAAGCGCUGGGCUUCAGCCCCGAGGACGCGGUCGAGGCGCUCAUCAACAGCAGCCACCAGCUCCAGUCGUUCGAUGGCUACGCCAGAGGCCAGCAGUUCCCAGGCGCAGCCGGCCCGGGAGGCGCCAUGGCCGGGGAGGAGAUGGGCUCCGCCGCGGCGGUAGUGUCGGCGGUCAUCGCUGCGGCCGCCGCUCAGAACGGGGCUCAGCACCACCACCACCAUCACCACCACAACCACAGCGGGGCCGGGGGAGGAGGAGGGGGCAGCGGAGGCGGAGGUGGCGGUGGCGGUCACCACCACCACCAGGCGCCGGGCAUCCAGUCCAACGGCGUCUCCGGGACAAAUCACCACCCGCACAUGCGCCUGGACGACCGCUUUUCAGACGAUCAGCUGGUCACAAUGUCCGUGCGGGAGCUCAACCGGCAGCUGCGGGGGGUCAGCAAGGAAGAAGUGAUCCGGCUCAAGCAGAAGAGGAGGACCCUCAAGAACCGAGGCUACGCGCAGUCGUGUCGCUUCAAGCGCGUCCAGCAGCGGCACGUCCUGGAGGGCGAGAAGACGCAACUGGUGCAGCAAGUGGAGCACCUCAAGCAGGAGAUCUCCAGGCUGGUCCGGGAGAGGGACGCGUACAAAGAAAAGUAUGAGAAGCUCAUCGGCAACGGCUUCAGAGAAAGUGGCUCCAGCAGCGACAACAACCCUUCAUCUCCGGAGUUUUUCAUGUCAUCCAGAAAAUUCCUCCAUCUGUGAUUUCAAGCCCCAUUCCUCCGCGCCCUUGGCUCCCUCAGACAACUCUACAACUGAGCUGUUCGGACAUCAGAACGGCUGGCCAAUAGCAUGAAGACACCAACAAAGCACAACAUUCAAAAACGUCUUCAAUGGGGGGAACGAAAGACAGACCUGCUGAAAUCCCUCAAAACUGCUACUUCUGACUCUUUCCCUGAUAUUUUACCUCCAUUUUUUUCUCUAUAAAACACAAAAAAGGGGAAAAAUAAAAAGACUAAACUCAAGAGACAGUGACAACGGGAGGAUUAUUUUCCCUGCAGCAGUAACUUCACUAAUGCAUGCUUCUGUAAAUAGAUCAUAAUAAAACCGUUCCCACACUUCUGAUGCGGGCCACAUACCAAAUCAUUCUCACCAUCCCAUAAACCUUCACGACUGUGUAUAGUCCUCAUGGCCCACCAUUUUCCACAUGAAGCCACUAUCCUUCUUGUUCCAGACACCAUCUAAUUAUCAUUUCCAGUAUCAUUUCUCUUCAGCUUAUUGGGACUGUUAAAAAGGCAAAAGUGCUUCCAAUAAUCACUGUCCUGGUCUUCCCCCUCCAGUAUCCAUUUUAGUACAUGUAAAUAGAUAUGGAAGAAGACAAACAUGAAACACUAUACACUACAUAGUGUAUCACUGCAGCUCUUCCGUACUAUAGAUCUCAACAUUCAUACAUGGAUAUUUUAGAAAUAUUUUUGUUCUAAUAUAAACAUGCUAAAACACAAUUAUGUGGUUUUAUUAGACGGCAUAAAUAUCUUAGCUAUAGGAAAAGAAAUGCUUGAGACAUUACAAGGCAACACCACAAACUAUAUCUGUAAUAAUGAAGCCGUCGUGAAAAGGAACCGUCUGUGUUUCAAGAGUUGAACAUGGCUUGGAAAAAGUUAAAUUUCUCUUUAUACUGGUAUUAUUCGGCUGUUUCCUUCAUUCAUUACCUUCAUUCAUUGUAAUUUUUCCUGUUGGAGCUGCCCGCCUUCUCCUUUUAGGGGCAACCUUUUGCUUUGCAUGGUUGUCGGUGCUCUACUCCUGACCUAAUAAACGGGAAAGAACACCUCAUCGAUUGCAAUGUAAACUAGGACACCUAUGUCGUCAGUGGACCAUUACGAUAAUCAAAUGGACUGACAGACAAGAUGCCAAACCGGUGGACAGACAACUUCAGUGGAAACGAAAGACAACUUUACAUGGUCAACAUGGAACCGAACACCGCACUUCCACCAUUUUACACCCCCUACCUCUAAGUGAGUGAUCUGCACAGAGGCUUCUAUCACUUUUUUACGACUCCGUCAAUCUGCUUCCCUGCUGCAUGACACGAGGAAAACCUUGCUCUUUGUUGGAUGCUACAGGCAGCCAUUUCACUUGAGGAAACAAAUUGUUCACUUUGACGCUCAGUGAAAUAAGCUAGAACAUGCUAAGAGGUUUGCAACCAA